CUGUUGAAGGUUGGAAAAAUAGUCCUGGGCAUAAUAAUGUGAUGAUACAAAGAGGUGGUUGGUCGCCAAUGAAAGCCAUGGGAGUUGGUGUUUAUAAAGGAAUUGCAAAUGUUUGGUUUGGUGAACAUCUAGAUACAUUCCCGGCUCCUGGUGAAACAGUGGAAAAUAAUGCUGAUAUUAUUUUUGGCAAUACCUAUCAAUUCAUUCAUGCGGCAUCGAACAAGGCUCUUGAGAUCCACAGCAGUGGUACACACGACGGGGCCAAUGUUGAAAUUUUUAAAAAUCACCAAGGUGCCAAUCAAAUUUGGAUUAUCUAUGGAUACGAUGAUGAUUCAAUUCAGCUAUUUAAUGCGCAUAGUGAUAAGGCAUUAGAUGUGAGUGGAAAUGGCCAUUCAGAUGGUACUAACGUGCAAAUCUAUACAAACAAUCGCUCCGUGGCACAGCGAUGGUUUCUGAAAUCGGUUGGAAAUGGUUUAUAUGAAUUGAUCAAUGUCGAAUCUGGUAAAGCACUCGAUGUUAGUGGAAACCAAUCGGCUGACGGAACAAAUGUGCAAAUUUGGACACGCAAUCAUACACCAGCUCAAAGAUGGCGAAUUGUUCCUAUUUAG